AACAAAUCCUCUUAUACCAACCCUCAAGUAAACAAAAAUGUACGCAGCCAUCCUGAAGGCGACGCUCCUGGCAGUGCUGCUGGGCGUGAGUGCCGCUCGGCCCGACAAAGCCCCCGUGGCCGCGGCCGCUCCGGCCGUGGGAGCGGCGGGAGCCACGCCGAACCAGAGGUUCCUUCCGGGACUCGAUCACCUCCUCUUGAAGCCCCUAUUCGGACUCUUCGGCGGAGGACACGGCGGAGGCUACGGAGGACUCGGCGGAGGCUUUGGAGGACUCGGCGGAGGCUUUGGAGGACUCGGCGGAGGCUACGGAGGAGGCUACGGAGGGGGCUAUGGAGGAGGCUACGGAGGAGGCUACGGAGGGGGCUACGGAGGAGGCUACGGGGGCUACCCAUAUGGCGGGUACUCUGGCGGCUUUGGCCAUACUGGGGGCUACUCUCCCUACUACGGCUGAGCGCGAUGGAGACGACGAGGAAGUCUGAUAUAUAUAUUUCUAUAUAUAUUUUGCAAUGCGGUGAUUACUAAUAAUAUUAAUAAUUUAUAACCGAGUGUAAAAGAGUUCAUAUGAGAGCGUGUGUUGGAAUAAAAGGGGCCUUAAUCGGUCUCUUGAAGUCCAUGCGUAUGAUUGUCAAGAAAUAUAUUUAUAUGAACAUGUCAGAGACUCGUUUUAGUUGUCAUCCUACGGAAGUCGAUAUCCCGUCUCUCUCUCUCUCUCUCUCUCUCUCUCUCUCUCUCUUUCUUUCUCUCUCUCUCU